AUGUUGUUGGAGAUCGCUUCGGAUUUAUUGACCAUCCUUGAAAAUAAUGAUGAUAAAUCCAUUCCCAAGCUAGGAUUAUUACCAUUAAUCUUGUGGAAUUUUUCAUUUGCGACAAAGUCAUUCGCAAUAUUCAUCGCUUUGGCUCGUUCUAUGCGUAUUGGUGUUCUACAAAACGAUUUGGAAUCGAUCGUUGAUGAUAACGCAAUUCUAUUACGUCUUCCAAGUAACCAUUUGUUUGACCUUCUUCUUGAUCUUAAACGAGCCAUGAAACAAUUUCGGAAAUUUUGUUCAAAGACCCAUAUAAUCAUCGGAUUUUUAUUUUGCGAGAUAAUGUCCUUGAUGAUAUUUAAUUUGGAUCAAUUUGUUGGUGAUUUUAUACGAAGAUCUUUUUAUGGGACCAUGAUCAUUCUUGGAGUGAUCAUGCAAAGUAGUUCGGCGGUCUAUAUCAUCACGGUAAUCAUUUUAUGCACUCAACUUUCUGGCAGCACUCGAUCGGAAAAUAAUAAUACCAAAAAUGUGCAAAAUCACACGUUAUCCGAUUUCACCAAUGUAAUGACCAACAAGGACGCUCAGAGUGGGUUCACAUCAUACGGUUUAAGGUAUUAUUUCAAAAAGCAUAAUCGUGCUUUGGAUAAUUUUCCUAGGGUUGCUCCUAGAGAAGAAUUUGAAGACGUGGAAUUGGGCAAUGAAUUUGAGGGUAAAAAACAAAACUUUGAUAUUAUUGUUAACAAAGUGGUUGAACAUGAGUUUAACGUUAAAUAA